UAGGGUUGACAAUUGACAUUCAUUCUUUGUGAAAAAUUAUGACGAGUGAAAUGAGGAAGUUGGUAAAGUCAGUUUGCUUUUUUCCAUGAAAUUAGCUCGUUCUUUUUAUUAAUUAGAAAUGUAGGUGUAUAAGAGUUUUCAAUGAAAUUUUCAUUUCAUAAUAACUAGGAAGAAAUGGAUCUACCAUUUGAGGUGUUGGUCUAUUUAUUCAAAUUCUUACCAAAAUCGGAUAGAAAGUCUGCAAGUGAGACUUGUCGAUCAUGGUACUUGGCUGCUAAUGACUACUGUUUCUUAAAGAACAAGGUUGUAAUAUUUUAUAAAUCAAUUUUAAAUGAUGAACCUACCUCACCUACAAAUAUAUUUGAAAAUUCAUCUGUAACCUUUUAUAAUUAUCUAUUCAAUGAAGUUGAAAUAUCUAAUAAGUUAAAUGCUCUUUGGGAUAAAUUAGGAGAAAACAUAAGAUGUUUGACCCUUAAAAACUGUGAUAUUAAUGAAAAAGUAUUUGUAUAUAUAUUACAAAGAUGCAGAAAUCUUCAAUCGCUUAACAUUGAAAGCUGUAAAGAAUUGUUUAUGUCUGGACGUCUAUUGGAAGGCAAAACAGAAGGACUUCUUGUAGAAAGCCUGGAUAGUUUGAGGUCCUUAAGCUUGUCCGGUAAUCAGUAUUUGACUGAUGCUUUAUUCAAUAGAUUCUCAACAGCAGCACCAGCAUUAGAAGAAUUGAAUUUGUCAGGAUGUUCUUUACAGUUUCAUCUGGGAUUAGUAAAAAAGUUUUAUCCUCCUGGUUCUAAUAUUUUCCAAAAUCCAUCAGAAAGUGUAUUAACAUUUUACUUUAUUUUGCAAUUUGUUAUUGCAAGAGCAGAAAACAUUAAGAAAUUGCUGUUUUCUAACACCCUCAUUGAUGGGGCAGCAUUGAAGUCUCUGUCUGAAGUUACAAAUUUGAGACUUGAAGGUCUAGAAGUACAUUCCUGUGACCAGUUAACUAACACUGGUAUAUUAGCGUUGACUACAAAUCAGACUAUGCUAAAAGAAUUGGAUAUUGGCUUAUGCACAAGGGUAACAGAUCAAUCACUUGUAUAUAUAUGUAAUAAUCUAGUCAAUCUAGAAUACCUUAACAUUCAGAGAUGUCGAGCAGUUACAGAUUUGGGUAUAGUUGAAUUAAAAAAACUGAAAAAAUUAAAAUCAUUGAAUAUUUCACAAUGUGAACUAAUCACGAAAGAUGGAUUAGAAAGAGGUAUAUGUGCAGAGGAAAAUUAUGUAUUAGAAGAAUUAGAUAUACACUCUCUUAAUAUUGAUCAAACUGCUGUCAUAAUAAUUUCAGAAAAAUUUCCUAAUUUACGGUCUUUAGAUAUAAGCUACUGCUUUAAUGCUGUGACAGAUACAUCUGUCCAAGUUAUAUUCAAAAAUCAAGUAAACCUAGAAAUACUGAAAAUGAGUCAUUGUGAUAAAGUUUCUGAUGCUGGUUUAACUGGAAUGGGAAAAGUGGGAGAGGAGACUGAUGAUGAUGGGCCCAUAAUGUCAAAUUAUGAUGAAUCUGCAUAUCGUCAUAAGAUACACUUGGGCUCUCGAGCAGAAGAGGAAAUUGUCAGAGAUGCAAGAAGAAAACAUGAUGUUAUGUUAAUGUGUGAAAAGCUAACAACUGAUACUUACACUGGCUUCUCUCUAGCACGCAUUAAAGGAUUAAGAGAGCUUGAUAUUAGUGGUUGUAAUAGAAUCACAGAUGUAAGCUUAACAUAUGCAUUUAAUUUCAAGGAACUUACUAAUCUGAACCUUAGUAGAUGUCAACAAAUAACUCAUAAAGGUAUAGGGCAUCUAGUAUUAAAUUGCCCCAGUAUAGAGUUCUUUAACCUAAUUGAUUGUUACAAUUUAAAAGAUGAAGCUGUUGAAGAAAUUGUUAGAGGAUUAAGAAGAUUGCAACAACUUGAAUUACGGGGAUGCAAUCAAUUGACGGAUAAAUCAUUAGAAGCAAUAUUGACAUUCUGCAAAAAACUAAAAUUUUUGGAUGUGCAAGGUUGCCGCAAUGUUUCACCUGAACUGACUACUUCCAUUGGAAGCUUACCAACUCUGCACACAGUUCUGAUGUCUAAGCCGGGGCCUUAUAUUUCGGAUGGGCAAAAAAACCGAUCUCCAGCACCAACAUUUUUGCCAGCUCUAAUGAAAAAACUGCGUUUACAUUGACAACUUAGUAGUAAAUUAACCAACUGGGUACAUUUAAUUAUAUAAUUAAUUAUCCAAUAAAAGUAAGGAGAGGGGGGGGGGGCUAAUAAUCAUAACUACCUACUUAGUACUUUAGAAACAAAAAUAGUACC